AGUCAUCGACGUUAGAAGAGGAAGUGUACUCGAGCGAUACGAUCAUGGCGACUGUCGAAUAAGUCUCUGGAUAUAGACAUGGCAAUUACUCUCCUUGACGAAUGCCAUCAUGGCUGAAGAUGAAAGCUUGAUUGGAGACACGAGGACCAAACCUGCUUCUUGAGAUGGAAGACCGACUCCUGCCUUGACAAAGGGCACCCUUUAGUUAUUUGAACGGAGUUAAGUCCCACCUCACAACUGGCACUUUCCAAAAUUGUCCCAUCGACACCUCCUCCAGUGUCCAGUAUGUGAAUUUUGACAUUGAUCUCAGCGCAGUCGGAUGGUACGAGCCUCUUGGUAAUCUGCACGUGUGGAGAAAGUAAACAGUUGUAUUGUGUACCCAUGUUCCUUAAACUGGCCAUUGGAACAAUGGAGGGUGAGCCAUUAAAACAUGAAGCAACUGUUUGUUGAGUUGCAGGAGAACUGAUCAAGAAAGUCCUAAUCAUCUCGACCUCCUCGCUAAGGUAUUUAGCAAUAUUAGCAAACAAGGAGUUCAAUAGUGACUAGCACCAUCGUGCCAGCAGUGUCGACUAUAGCUUGUCGUUGUUGUUAAGGAUUGACCACAGGACAAAACCAAGAACAAUGUAUUAAUUGAUUGAUGCCAAGUUCAACAUAAGGUAAUCAAUGACUAUUUGUUUGAAGGAGGAAAGUACUGCUAUCUUAGCGGUUGUUCAAGGAUCUGUUGCAAACUAAAUGGUCUGACAAUAUUUAUGGAAAAGGCUAAUCUUUUCUUGUACACGAGAACUAAUUAACGUGUCUGUGAACCAAAAUGCCUGGUUGGAGUUCCUUUGGGUGAAAGCUUUGUGAAAGUUGUGACCUCGUGUACUUCUCAGUGUCAGGAGUCGCCAUGUCAGCGUUCUGACACCAAGAUUACUCUUGUCACCUUUUGACCUUGACCUCAACCUUGACCCAACUGUCAACAUGGCAGUUCAGUGGCAGAAACUCAAUCCGGCGCAGUUUCAACAACUGCAGGAGUACAUGUCAUACUCCUCUAAGAAGCUGACCGAUGUCCUCGAUGAGUUCAACGGUGAUGGAGCCUUGUCCAAAUAUAAUCGGGAUGAGCCGAUCGACUACGAGGGAUUCCAGCUAUUCAUGGAGAUUCUAAUGGAAUCCUCUUUAACUGAAGAAUUGUGCAAGACUCUCUUUCUGUCUUUCAUGAAGAAACCUGUUCCGCAAGGGGCUAAUGUUGGUAAGGAUUUCCACAUCCGCGAUGUGGCAGCAGCAAUGGCGUCACAAACCUUGUGUGCACCAAUCACCCACCAGACAGCUGAUAUACACCUCGAAAAACCUGAAAAGCAUCAUGGUCUUGCCGAAAAAUUGCAUGGACUUACCGAGAAGCUUCACGGCCUAGGUCAUCAUGGCGGUGACAAAGGCCACUCACGCCAUGAUAGCAGCGGCACCGAUGCUGGGAGACGAAGUAGAGCAGGUUCUACAGGUGCGUCCACCCACCCGUCAGUGGCAGUCAACCAGGACAAAGGCCACCAUGGGGAAGAUGGCGCUCCCAACGAGGCAUCUAACCACUCCCGGUCAUCCUCCAAGAAGUCAAGCCACAGUAUUCACAGUGUUCAUAACGGAGUGCGUGCUUCAGGUCCAUUACUAGAGGGCUCGGACCCUUGGAUCCGUCAGUCCACUUCCUCUCUCCUUCGCACAAAUGUGGACAUGAAAGCUAUGAAGAACAGUUCUGCUAGUGUGGACAUCAAGGCAGGACACAUCUUCUUGAAGGACCUGGUGUGCUACUUGUCUCUGCUGGAGGCAGGGCGCCCUGAAGAUAAGCUUGAGUUUAUGUUUCGACUGUAUGAUUCUGAUGGAAAUGGCUUAUUAGAUUCCAGUGAACUAGACUGUAUAGUGAACCAGAUGAUGUCCGUGGCAGAAUACCUCGGUUGGGAUGUGUCCGAGCUCAAACCUAUUUUGCAGGACAUGAUGAUAGAGAUAGACUAUGAUGCAGACGGUACCGUGUCUCUGGAAGAAUGGAAGAAAGGAGGAAUGACAACCAUUCCGUUGCUUGUUUUAUUAGGCUUAGAUACAAAUGUUCAAGAUGACGGCUCGCAUGUGUGGAGAUUGAAGCACUUCAACCGGCCAGCCUACUGUAAUCUCUGUCUCAACCUCCUGGUGGGGCUGGGCAAGCAGGGGCUCUGUUGUACAUUUUGUAAAUACACGGUGCACGAGAGGUGUGUGCAGAGGGCGCCAGCAUCGUGCAUUACUACGUAUGUCAAGUCCAAGAAGACCUCACAGACGAUGAACCACCACUGGGUCGAGGGCAACUGUGUCGGCAAGUGUGACAAGUGUCGCAAGUCCAUCAAGUCCUACAAUGGAGUCACAGGACUUCAUUGCCGGUGGUGUCAUCUCACGUUCCACAACAAGUGUGCAUCCCAGAUAAAGCCCGAAUGUGACAUGGGAGACUACCGCGACCAUAUGUUACCUCCAACUACCGUCUGCCCAGCUGUGCUGACAUAUUAUGACACCCAUCCACAUCACAAUCCUCAUGAUCGGCCCCGCCCAGGCAAGACGACGCCCUCCAACCGUGACAGUCAGAGUCUGACUCAGCUGGACUUGAUCAGUUCCGACGGGGAGGAACAAAGUGGGGGUGACCUGAGUGGUGACCAAAGCCCAAGCCAGCCAUCUCAAGAUAUGCUACCGGCACCAGGGCCUGCAGGUCAGAGCUCCUUCCAGAUCACACCAAUAGAUGGAACACAUCCAUUGUUAAUCUUCAUCAAUCCAAAGAGUGGAGGCAAACAGGGGGGAAAGCUUUUGCGGAAAUUUCAAUAUUUAUUAAACCCUAGGCAAACAUACGACAUGAUAAGGAAUGGGCCAAUGGUGGGGCUUCAGUUUUUAAAGGAUGUACCAAACACCCGUAUUUUAGUGUGUGGUGGAGAUGGUUCCGUCGGUUGGUUACUUGAUACAAUGGACAAGUUGGCCUUGAACUACCAACCUCCGGUUGCAGUGCUACCUCUUGGAACAGGAAAUGACCUUGCAAGGUGCAUGCGGUGGGGUGGAGGUUAUGAAGGCGAGAGUCUGCUCAAAGUGUUGAAGCGUAUUGAACACAGUACGUGCAUCAUGCUGGACCGGUGGCAGAUCGAGUUCAGCAAACCAGAGGGAACAGAUGAGGAGGAAGGGGAUCCCAUCCCCUACAACAUCAUCAACAACUACUUCUCCAUAGGGGUGGAUGCAUCAAUAUGUCAUCGGUUUCACAUCAUGAGGGAAAAACAUCCAGAAAAGUUUAACAGCCGGAUGAAGAACAAAUUUUGGUAUUUUGAGUUUGGCACAUCGGAGCAGUUCAGCUCCACUUGCAAGCAUCUACAUGAAGACAUUGACAUUAUGUGUGAUGGUUACUCUCUGGAUCUGGCCAACGGCUCCCCCCUGGAGGGUAUUGCUCUACUCAAUAUUCCAAGUAUCUAUGGAGGUACCAACCUGUGGGGUGAAAACCCUAGCCAGAAGAAACGACGGAAAGCUCAAAAAGCAAAGAAGGACAAAGACAAAGAGUUCUCCACGAGCAGCAUGUCGUCAGCAGAACUCAACUCUGCUGUGCAAGAUGUUGGGGACAAGCUGAUUGAGGUGGUGGGUCUGGAGAACAGUAUGCAUGUUGGUCAGGUCUAUGCCGGGCUGCGGGCAUCCGGCAAACGUCUUGCUCAGUGCUCACAAGUUGUCAUUAGAACAAGAAAACGAUUUCCAAUGCAAAUAGAUGGCGAACCCUGGAUGCAACCACCGUGCACUAUCUAUGUUACACACAAGAACCAAGUGCCCGUACUGAUGGCGCCCCCGUCAAACAAGAAGUCCAAGCUUUUCAAACUUUUUAAGAAGUAGCUCAGUCUGUGCAGUGCAAGGUGAAGGCUAUCCUUGCAUUGUGGAACAUUGUGGAUCAGCAAGUUGAGCCCUUCACAGCUAAUCUAGCGCAGUAGCCCGAGGUCCAUAUAUAGGCUGAUGCAGGUCAUCGCUUUUACCAGUUGUAGCCCCGGUCAAUAGCCAUGUCCGCUGUCUCGGCCAUACUUCUUGGUGCAAUAUUAAACAACCAUAGCUUUUUACAUGACGGCAUCCUCCCAUCUUGUUUCUUGUUACUGAGUGUAGCCCAAAUCCCAUCUCAGUAGUUAUCAAAAUUGUCAUUUCUUUGUUGCCAUGGUUACCUCCAUUUCUUUUUGAUGAUUUAUAUCAUUUAGAUUUCUAUUUUAUGUUUAUAUGUUACAUGCUUAUCACUUCACGAGAAACUUUAUAUUUUUUUCCCCUUUAUUAUUUAAUAUUCAUAUUGGGAAUUUCAGCAUUAAUUUUGUAGAAAUCUAUUUAUUUUUUUGUAGUUUUUGUUUAUAUAUUUUAAUUUCUUAGGAAUGUAUAUUUUUUUACAUUCCUGAUUUCAAGGAAUCAGAAAUAAAGCAACAGAUGGGUGUGAACUGUACGAAGAAUUAUCUUGUCAUAAUAUUUCAGUUUGGGUCAUUUUCUAGAAAUUUAAACAAUCAGUCAUACUAGUAAAGGGGGAUUUCCAUAUAUUGAGGGACAUUUUGAUAUUGCUGUAUACUACUUUCACUGUUACACUCAGGUAUUUUUGAUGUGCAAUUUGCAAUAUUUGAUAUGCCACAUCUCUAAAUGUAAUAUUGUACCAAGAACUACAUCACUGAAACCCUCUUCCCUAUAUAUGCCAUUAGACUAUUCCAUAUGAAUGUGUGGAAGAUACCAAGAAUGCAUGGUAGGGGCUAUAACAUAGGUCUAGAUUACAUCAACCCCACAACCAAUGGGCAGCUAAAUAAGAUAAUAAUUUCAAUGCCAAAUAUAUGUUCUUAGUGAUGUGUUCUGACACUGUUCAUGGUCGAAUCCGUUGACAGAUGUAAUAAGCAUAGUUCUGUGAAUGCUGAGUAUAUUUAUUUGAAGGCUCAAUCAUGUGAACUUUUUCACUAUGGCCUUGAAAUUAAACAGUUAUCAAAGUGU